CUGACCACAAGCAUUGUCAGUGGACUUGCAGAUACACUCACAAACUCAGGUAGCCAUGAAGGUCCUUGUUGUGCUGGUCCUAGCUGUUUUCAGUGGCUGUCAGGCCAACCUCUUCUAUGCUGAUGCACCCAAGCCACAGCUGGAAGUGCUGAAUGAUGCUUUCUGGGACUAUGUUGCCAAGGCCACUGAGACAGCUGAUGACACCCUCCAGAUGAUCAGGAAGUCACAGUUUGGACAGGAUGUCAGUGCCCGUUUGACAGAUAGCACCGAGCUUGCCACCAAGUACGCAGUCUCUCUGCAAGGGCAGCUUCACCCUGCAGCCCAGGACCUCAUCACUAAGGUCACCACAGAAGCUGAUGUGCUGAAAGAGCGUAUGAUCGAGGAACUGAGCACUGUCAAGGGAAAGCUGGAGCCUUUCACCGAGGACAUGAAGGCCCAGAUCCAGCAGAGAGUGGAGCAGCUGAAACAGGAGCUCGCCCCCUAUGUAGACACUGUGGACACUGAGGCACUGAGAACCACCCUGAUGCAGAGGAGUGAGGAGCUGAGGACCAACCUGGAGCAGACUGUGACGGACCUGCAGACUCAGCUGGGGCCCUACACUGAUGACCUGAAGCAGAAGGUGGACCAACACCUGGAGGACUUCAAGGUGAAGGUGGCCCCUGUGACCGAGAGGGUCCAGAGUGAGCUGACUCAGAGAGCCCAGCAGGUGAAAGAUAUGGCUGCCCCCUACGUUGAUGAGCUGAGAACAAAGCUGGACCCCUAUGCCCAGGACCUCCAGACCCAGCUCAUGUCCCUCUAUGAGUCCUUCGUGAAAGCCAACUAAGCCAACCUCCACUUCCUGUUAAACACAAAAAAACUGAACAAAGGAACGUGUUGUUAACAUAAUGACAACACGAGCUCAACAGUUUUAAAACAUGUCUUUAGAUAUAUUUACAGUAUGAACAAAUAAAUAAUAAAUAUUCAGUGUUGGUCUGUGACCAAGUAAUGUGUUUUCUUCCUAUAUUAUGGAAAUAAAGUAAAAGCAA